AUGGCAGCGACCGCCGCUUCCGCAUCUCCUACAUCUGCCGGGAUUCAUAACACGAACAACAAACCAUUACCAAAACCACCAGAGCCAUCCGCUCCCGCCGCCACCGAUGUGGUUUCUCGUCACACUUAUCCUGACUCCGCCGAGGUUGUCUCCAUUCCUAGCUAUUCCCGGUGGUUUUCUUGGGAAAACAUUCAUCAAUGCGAGCUUCGGUUCCUUCCAGAGUUCUUUGACGGUAGAACACCAUCCAAGAAUUCGAAGGUUUACAAGUAUUACAGGAAUGCAAUAAUUCAUAGAUUCAGAGACAACCCUUCAAAAAAGAUCACAUUUACGGAAGUCCGCAAGAUUGUCAUAGGAGAUGUGGGUUCCAUUCGGCGGGUUUUUGAUUUCUUGGAAACGUGGGGUUUGAUUAAUUACACUCCCCCUCCUCAUUCUGCUUCUGCUGCUUCCAAGGCCGCUGCCAUCCAGCUCGACAAGGAAUCCACCCACCCUAAAUCCACCCCUCCUACCUCUGAUGUCACUUCCUCGGCUGCUUCUGAUGGUGCUAAUACUUCUCAGCUGCAACCCAAGAAGAAACUCUGUGGUGACUGCAAAUGUGUCUGCUCCUUUUCUUGCUUCACUUCCGACAAGCUCGAUUUGACGUUGUGUGCGAGAUGCUAUGUCAAUCAGAGUUCGGCUAUCAAUACUUCAGAUUUUAGACGCGUUGAGAUUACCGAAGUUGUAAAAAAUGAUUGGACAGAUAAAGAAACUCUCCUCUUACUAGAAGCUGUGAUGCAUUAUGGUGAUGACUGGAAGAAGGUUGCUGACCGUGUCACUGGAAAGAACGACAAGGAGUGUGUAGCUCGUUUUAUUAAGCUUCCUUUUGGUGACCAGUUUGUUGGAUCUCCAGAAUCUUCUGAGGUGGAGCAUGAAUUUGGUCCAAAGGAUUCAUCAUUUCCAAACAAAAAGAUGCGCCUUACACCACUAGCGGAUGCAAGCAACCCUAUAAUGGCCCAGGCUGCUUUUCUUUCGGCAUUGGUUGGAGCAGAGGUUGCAGAAGUUUCAGCAAAUGCUGCUGUGGCAGCUUUGUAUGAGUAUGGUGCGGCAAACAAUAAAGAGAAUCCUAAAUCCGUUCCUGGUGGUUCAAGAAAAGAAGAUUCUGAUGCUGCAGCUGAUGUUGAUCCCGCAAAUAGUAUAGACCAAGCCCUUGCGGAAGCGGAAUCGGAACUCGAGAAAGAAGAAGAAGAUUUGGAGAAAGCAGUGUCUAAUAUAGCUGUUCAGGCGAAGGAAAUUCACGACAAGAUUGUUCAUUUCGAAGAGCUGGAUAUAGAACUGGAGAAGGAGUUUCAACAAAUGCAGCAACUCAAGGAUGCACUCUUUGUUGACCAGUUAACGUUGAUGUUUCAUCAGAAAGGUGCUGCAGAUAAAACCGGAGUAGAUAGCGUGAUGGAAAAUGUGAAAGUGGAUUUUAAGGUAGAAUGA